GGCCCAAAUUACUAUUUUUCCGUCUCUUCCAAUUUCUUUCAUUCCUUACUGGUCAUACUGUGUCAUCUUCAUGGCCUCUACCAGUUCUUUGACUGGUUUCCACUUAAGCUGAGCGGUGAUUUGUUAUUUCACCAAAGUACAGUAAAAUCAUGAAAUUAAACCUGUACAACUUUCUCUUAUUCCUCCUUUUCAUUAAUUCUGUUUUUUCUUGGAAAAAAGAUGAGUUCAGAAACUGCAAUCAGACCCCAUUCUGCAAACGUGCCCGAUCCCGUAAACCCGGUGCGUGCUCUCUAAUCGCCACCGAUGUCUCGAUUUUCGAUGGCGAUCUUAUAGCGAAGCUCGUCCCCAAUGAUAAGGUCCAAGAAAAUAUACAUAAUCAAGAAAAUCCCAUUGUUAAGCCUUUGGUUCUGACAAUUUCUGCUUAUCAAGAUGGUGUUUUGAGGCUCAAGAUUGAUGAGGACCAGAGUUUGAGCCCGCGCAAGAAGAGAUUUCAGGUGCCUGAUGUGAUUGUGCCAGAGUUUUUGAACAAAAAGCUGUGGUUACAGAAGUUAAAAACUGAGAAAAGUGAAGAUGGGUUGGGCAUCUUGUCCGUUGUUUAUCUUUCUGAUGGAUAUGAGGGUGUAAUUCGGCAUGACCCUUUUGAGGUUUUUGCGAGAGAAACUGGGAAAAAUGGGAAAAGAGUAUUGUCUUUGAACUCAAAUGGUUUGUUUGAUUUUGAACAGCUGAGGGAGAAAAAAGGAGAACAUGAGAAUUGGGAGGAGAGGUUUAGGAGCCACACCGAUACACGUCCUUAUGGACCACAGAGUAUUAGCUUUGACGUAUCAUUUUAUGAUGCUGAUAAAUCUCAACAAAUAGAAGAGGGUCAGAAGGUGUAUAAAUUAUGUAGUGGGAACCAUCCUGCAUGGGAAGACGCUAGUGGAAGUUUAAGGCUUGAUUUUGGGAAAUUCCAUGUAACCCUGUGCAAAUUUGGCAGCAACACUAAAUUCGUAGGGGAAUACAAAAAGUGGAUAAAUGACUCUCAUCAGGGUACAAGCUUUAAAGAGUUGAAACAAAAUGUUACCAGUGUGGAAGUCAAAUAUGUCAUCCUCAGUAUAGCAAAAACCACCUCGUGCUGUAUAACAAAAUCUGAUGACAAAGAAAAAAGAAGUUACUCGACAUCAGAUUCUUGUAAUGGAAGCAAUACUUCCAAUUUUAGUGCUUUUAUAAUUGCUUCUUUCUCUCUUCUUGAUGUAAUAUCUGGAGGUAAAGGUACACUCAAAGCAUAUAUUCAAAUGAAAAUGCAAAUAGGAAAGGGACCGAGCUUCUCUCAAGCAUAUCAUAGCUAUGAUCUAAAAAAUUACAAAUUCUACAGUAAUGAACGUUUGUUAAGACGAGUACACCUGGCGGUCCAGUACCGCGCUGCUGCUUUGCUGAUGCGUAGCAACGCAACAACCCACGUCCAGCGCUUGUGUUUAUACCGCUAUGAGUUCAGAAACUGCAAUCAGACCCCAUUCUGCAAACGUGCCCGAUCCCGUAAACCCGGUGCGUGCUCUCUAAUCGCCACCGAUGUCUCGAUUUUCGAUGGCGAUCUUAUAGCGAAGCUCGUCCCCAAUGAUAAGGUCCAAGAAAAUAUACAUAAUCAAGAAAAUCCCAUUGUUAAGCCUUUGGUUCUGACAAUUUCUGCUUAUCAAGAUGGUGUUUUGAGGCUCAAGAUUGAUGAGGACCAGAGUUUGAGCCCGCGCAAGAAGAGAUUUCAGGUGCCUGAUGUGAUUGUGCCAGAGUUUUUGAACAAAAAGCUGUGGUUACAGAAGUUAAAAACUGAGAAAAGUGAAGAUGGGUUGGGCAUCUUGUCCGUUGUUUAUCUUUCUGAUGGAUAUGAGGGUGUAAUUCGGCAUGACCCUUUUGAGGUUUUUGCGAGAGAAACUGGGAAAAAUGGGAAAAGAGUAUUGUCUUUGAACUCAAAUGGUUUGUUUGAUUUUGAACAGCUGAGGGAGAAAAAAGGAGAACAUGAGAAUUGGGAGGAGAGAUCCACAGGUGCGGAUGUUGGUGGAUUUUUCGGUAAUUCUGAUACAGAGUUGUUGGUGCGCUGGUAUCAAGUGGGUGCCUAUUAUCCCUUCUUUAGGGCACAUGCUCAUCAGGACACUAGAAGACGGGAACCUUGGUUAUUCGGAGAACGGAAUACACAACUGAUGAGGGAAUCCAUACAUACACGCUAUAUGUUUCUUCCUUAUUUCUACACAUUAUUUAGAGAGGCAAACAUGACUGGUGUUCCUGUUGUGCGUCCACUAUGGAUGGAGUUUCCAGAUGAUGAACAGACUUUCAGCAAUGAUGAAGCAUUCAUGGUUGGUAACAGUCUCUUGGUGCAAGGAAUAUAUACUGAGAAAGCUAAACAUGUGUCCGUAUAUCUUCCUGGAGAUCAAUCAUGGUACGACAUUAGAACUGGAACUGCAUACGGGGGAGGAGUGAUUCACAAGUUGGAAGCUUCUGAAGAUAGUGUUCCUGCUUUCCAACGGGCUGGUACAAUUGUACCAAGGAAAGACAGGUUUCGGCGGAGCUCCACACAAAUGGAGAAUGAUCCUUACACUCUGGUUAUUGCUCUCAAUAGUUCCCAGGCAGCAGGGUGGCUUUAUGUUGACGAUGGAAAGAGCUUUGAAUUUCUGCAAGGAGCUUACAUUCAUCGCCAUUUCGCAUACUCUGAUGGAAAGCUUACAUCUUCAAACCUGGCUUCUACAGGUUUUCGCACUGAGAAAUUUGCCUCCGAGUGCAUUGUAGAGAGAAUAAUACUUUUAGGAUUUUCUCCUGGACCAAAAAAGGCCUUAAUUGAACCGGUUAAUGAAAAAGUGGAUAUCGAACCAGGGCCCCUCCUGCUUCGAGGAGGAUGGAGCUCAUCCGUUCUCACCAUCCGCAAACCUAAUGUGCGGAUUGCAGAUGAUUGGACAAUUAAAAUUUUGUAAGAUACUUCUCAGUCCAAAAUAGCCGUUUACAUUAGGUGGGAGGACCUUGUUAUUGUCAUGCUGCGGAUUUGGUGAAUGACAAUUUCGGCAGCAGUUGAAGUGAUUUAGAGAACUUUACAUUCUGGAGGAAUACAGAUGCCAUUUGAAAAUAUUUAGUUGGCAGUAUAGUUUCUGUAUGCUAGAACUUGUAUUCCAUUAUGGGAAUCACUAAAGGGACAGGGGACGGGGACAGGGCCGAGGUGGCGCGAACUCGGCCCUUGAUCUGAAUUUUCCCCUUUAUUUGUAGUUGGCCUCUUCCAUUAUUUCCUAUUUGCAGCCUUGUGAAUUUGGUGUUGGGUUGCAGUUCGUUGCAGGCUCACUAGGCCCUGUUCUUUUAUUACAGAACUCUUUAUUUCAUAUACUUAUUUUUAAUUA